GCGGAGAGCUCACCCCUAUUACAUUUAACGUAGGGUCUGUUCACGUGUGGUUGUGUGUCGCUAAUUUUAUUAGUAUCACACACCACUCGAUAUAAUCUUUGUCAAAAAAACUAAAAAAAUCACAAAAAAAAUAUAAAAUAACAAAAUCCCCAUAAAAAUUGCAAACGGCUCUAGGAACAGAAGUUAAAAAAAAUCCAAGGAAGUGUUUGUGUGUGACGUUGGUGUGACUUGGCUGCAAGAUGAAUCCCAGUGGACCCAGCUAUCCCCUUGCUUCACUCUAUGUUGGAGAUCUGCAUGCUGACUGUACAGAGGCCAUGCUGUUCGAGAAGUUCUCGACAGCUGGCCCGGUGCUCUCCAUCCGUGUGUGCAGAGACAUGAUUACCCGUCGCUCUCUGGGCUAUGCAUAUGUCAACUUCCAGCAGCCAGCAGAUGCUGAGCGUGCCCUUGACACCAUGAAUUUUGAUGUAAUGAAAGGCAGACCCAUUCGUAUCAUGUGGUCCCAGCGUGACCCCUCUCUUCGAAAGUCCGGCGUUGGCAACGUCUUCAUUAAGAACUUGGACAAGUCCAUCGACAACAAGGCUAUGUACGAUACAUUCUCGGCCUUUGGAAACAUUUUGAGUUGUAAGGUUGCCACGGAUGAAUCUGGAAACUCCAAAGGCUAUGGCUUUGUCCAUUUCGAGACUGAGGAAGCUGCCAGAAAUGCCAUCCAGAAAGUGAAUGGCAUGUUGCUCAACGGCAAGAAAGUAUAUGUAGGUAAAUUCAUUCCAAGAGCAGAGCGAGAAAAGGAGUUGGGUGAGAAGGCCAAGAGGUUUACCAAUGUGUAUGUCAAGAACUUUGGUGAUGAUUUGGAUGAUGAAAAGCUCUAUGAAAUUUUCUCAAAGUUUGGAAAGAUCACAAGCCAUCGUGUCAUGUGCACAGACGAUGGGAAGUCAAAAGGAUUUGGCUUUGUUGCCUUUGAUGAGCCAGAAGCAGCCGAGAAGGCCUGCGAUGACCUUAAUGGCAAGGAGAUGAAUGGCAAACAAAUAUAUGUUGGACGGGCUCAGAAGAGAGGAGAACGUCAAGCUGAACUCAAGAAGAAGUUCGAGAUGAUGAAGAUCGAAAGGAUGAACAGGUACCAAGGGGUCAACCUUUACAUCAAGAAUCUUGAUGACACAAUUGAUGACGAGAGGCUUCGGAAGGAGUUCUCCAACUAUGGUACAAUCACCAGUGCCAAGGUCAUGACUGAAGAUGGGCGAUCCAAAGGCUUUGGGUUUGUAUGUUUCUCCACUCCGGAGGAAGCCACAAGGGCUGUGACAGAAAUGAAUGGCCGCAUUCUGGUGAGCAAGCCACUGUAUGUGGCUCUUGCUCAGCGCCGUGAGGACAGGAAGGCCCACCUUGCAUCGCAGUACAUGCAGCGAGUGGCUGGCAUGCGCAUGCAACAGAUGGGGCAGAUGUUCCAGCCAGGUGGCACAAGCUAUUUCAUGCCCACCAUGCCCCAGGCCCAGCGCUUCUACACACCACAGAUGACCCAGAUCAGGGCCACUCCUCGCUGGCCUGCUCAGCCUGCUGCCCAGGUGCGUGCCGGGGCCCAGGCCACCACAGCCUUCCCCAUGCAGGCAGCACCAUUCAGGUCUGCACCACGACAGGCUCAGCCUGGUGGACCCCGCAAUGUCCGUCCCAUGGCCACUGCUGCUGCCGCAGCUGCCCAGCAGCAACAGAUCCCCAACCUGCUACAGGCUGCCCGGCCUGUGGCACCCAGUGCUGGGGGAGUCCCACCACCCGCUGCCCUGUCAAACGCUGCUCGGGCUUCUAACUACAAGUACACCAACAACAUGCGCAAUCCCCCAGCAGUGUCUGGCGGUGGCCCGGCAGCAGCAGCCUCGGUUGCCCCAGUGGCUCAGCCAGCAGUGCACAUUCAGGGCCAGGAGCCACUCACUCCCUCCAUGCUGGCCUCAGCCAUGCCCCAGGAGCAGAAACAGAUGCUUGGGGAACGUCUCUUCCCUCUCAUCAGGGAGAUCUACCCCGAGCUGGCUGGCAAGAUUACCGGCAUGCUGCUUGAGAUUGACAACUCUGAUCUGCUCCACAUGCUGGAGGACCGCAACUCUCUCAAGGCCAAGGUGGAGGAGGCUGUGGCUGUGCUCCAGGCCCACCAGGCCAAGCAACAGGUGGUGGCUGUGGCCGUGGCUGCCCAGAAGAAGGAUGACAUGUAGAGUGACUAUUACCAGCAACAGCAGCAGCCAUCUCCUCCACUCACUGUUUUUCAAGCUGCACUCUCCUUGUUUAGUUUCUUUUUUGUGCCCUGUUAUUGGAGUAUCAGUUUUAUUUUAUGGGUUUCAUUUCUAAGGUCAUGAUGUUUAACAGGCCAUAAUUUUUUAUGCAGUUCUGACUCCAAUAGAAGAGGCAUAAUUUAGGUUCGACCACAACCACGUGAACAGUCUGUCAAGUAGGUGUCAAUAUACAAAAAAUCUAAAAAAAAUCGUAAAAUAUAAAAAACCUUAAGAUGCGUAACAUUACAGCUGCUUAUAAUGUAACCUUUACGUUCAUUAUAAUGCAAUUGUGGCAAGUCUGAACAUGGUCAACCAAGGAUGUUAGUAGGGAAUAAAAGUUUCUAGUUGAGACGGUUCCGACCUGCCAAUAAGUAUUAAACAUAGUAAAAUGUGUAAAACAACAAAUGAAAUAAAAUGUAAAACCUUUUAUAAAAACUGAAAAUGCCCUUCCAACGGGCGAAAAAUCCCAUAACAGUUCCAUCAGUAAAAUGUUUAAAAAAAUUUUGUAAGCGUGAGAAUAUAUGAAGAGGAUAUUGGCAACAAUAAACUUCUGUUUCUAUAACCUAA